UUCCGCCUCGGCACGUCUGGGCCGUGUCCACCCUCCUGGCUCGCUGGCCUCCCCUCCCAUCUUCACGGAAGCUGCCGGGGCCGCCCGCUGCCAGCCUGGCUCUCCGGUUGUCUAAAAAGCCGGGCUGCCCGAUGCCUGUCAUCCCUAUCCCACGGCGGGUUCGGUCUUUCCACGGGCCCCACACGACCUGCCUGCACUCGGCCUGCGGGCCGGUCCGGACCGCCCCCCUGGUGCGCACCAAGUACAACAACUUUGACAUCUACCUGAAGUCCCGCUGGAUGUACGGGGUGAUCCGCUUCCUGCUGUACUUCAGCUGCAGCCUGUUCACCUCCGUCCUCUGGGUGGCGCUGGCGGUCUUGUUUUGCAUCCAGUACCUGGGCAUCCGUUUCUUCCUCCGCUUCCAGUACAAACUCUCUAUCACCCUGCUGCUGAUGGGAAGGCGGCGCGUGGACUUUAGCCUGCUCAACGAGCUGCUCGUCUAUGCCAUUCAUGUCACCAUGCUGCUGGUGGGCGGGCUGGGCUGGUGCUUCAUGGUCUUUGUCGAUAUGUAAAUAAAAGCCGGGUAGUGGGAGGAGCCAGAGGCAGGGUGAGUCUUGGCCUUGGAGGGUCAGAUCCCUCUCUGAUCCUUCCUCCACCCUCCUGCAAUCUC